AUUGUCCCUAUUGACAUCCCUAUACCUAUUGACAUGCUACUUUGUAUGACGGUCUGGGCUAUGAGGCCAUACCCGUGUAAGACCACAGGUGUGGGUGAGAUAAAGUGGGCCACGCGGCUAAGAACGUCUGAUGUAACAGGUCGUCGUCCUUUACUAGGUUAAAUGACCAAGAGAGACGGAGAUGAGAAGUACGUGUGCUAACACACUACUGUAAUAUGUGUGUCUGACUGUGUCGUGGCCUGUUGCAGUAACGAUGAAGCAGGACCUGUAUCCCGUGGACGAGACGCGUACCGCCUCGGAGAGCACCCCCUUAGUGAAAGGCAAGGAUGCCGGAAGCAAACUUCCAGCCAAACGUCGUGGCUAUGUCCCCGUUGAAGUCGUGUCGUUCUUAUAUUUCUUCACGACGUUCUUCUCUAACCCCCACACACAAUUCUACGUCUUUGACAAGGUGUCCGCCAAAUACGGUCACGUUAACACCACAGAUCCUCUUCCAUGUGAAGACAACUUCUACAACUCCUCCGCCUCCGAAGUGGAGCUAAAGGUGCAAACAGAAACCUCAACGGUAAUGAUGUACCUGCUCUUCGCCAGCACCUUCAGCGGCGUCCUACCAACCAUCUUUCUCGGGUCCCUGACUGACCGUCACGGGAGGAAGAUCGCCUGCAUACUGGCCAUAUUGGGAUCAACAUGUAAACAACUGAUUUACGUCGUCAUCUUCAAUCUGGAUGCCAACGUCAACUAUCUAUACAUUGGCAACGUCGUGGAGGGUUUGUGUGGGUACUAUGGAGCUAUGUUGGUAGCAUUAUUCGGGACAAUUGCUGAUAUCACCGAGCCUGGCAAGCAGCGAGCAUUUCGGAUCACCACAACGGAAGGUUGCCUCUUUCUGGCAUCAGCCGUAGCCAUUGGUGCCAGUGGGGUGUGGAUAGAAAACAGCGGCUACCUCCAACCACUUUACACCAUGAUUGGCAUUAGCGCCCUCAACAUGGCGGUCGUGCUCUUCAUCCUCCCAGAAACAAGGAAGAAAACAGAUAGACCAUUUUCAUUAGUGGAACCCCUGAGGAUUAAAAAGAAGUCUUAUGUUUUUGUCAUCGAUACUCCGAGUAAACGGCGAUGGAAGUUGCAACUGUCUAUUGCUGUGUUUUUCAUCACGUUUUCUAUAAGUAUAGCCCAAAAUACUAUCAUGACGUUGUUCCUUCUCAAGUCUCCAUUUUGUUGGACAAUGGUACACAUCACUAUAUACGCCGCUGUCGCGAUGGUAGUUGAUUGGGUGUGUAUCCUCUUCCUAACGCGCUGUCUUGGGAACUACCUCUCUGACGUCCACAUGGCCCUGAUUGGUACCACAUCCACAUUCCUUAGUCUGCUGAUAGUGGGCCUGGCCGUAAAUGACGCAAUGAUAUAUGCUGCUGCUGCUGUUGGCCUGUUUAUUGAGUUGGUGACGCCUAUGAUGAGAUCUGUGAUGUCAAGACUGGUGACCAACGAUGAGCAAGGCGCUCUGUUCGGCAGCAUCAGUGUUGUGGAGAUGUUCUCCGGAGCGGUGCUAGGCUUGGCGGCCACAGCUGGCUACACGAGCUCCGUCAGCUUCUUUCCUGGUCUGGUGUUCAUCGUCCUGUCCUUCCUCAUGGCCUGUUUGAGUGGUGCUCUGAUAGUUUUGAGCUGCAGCCUUCACAAGACGAAGGGCAAAACCACAGUGCUCGACCUUGGCAACUGAACACGACCUUCAUAAGGAGUCACCUUGAAGCGAAGACUUUGCAAUAUAUUUGAGUGUUGAUGGUUCAAAUGUCCAUCUUAUAUGAUAUAUGAUCAAAAGCAUACUUAUACAUGAUAACGGAUAUAUAGGAAUGCAUCCAAAACGUAUUACUGGGGUCUGGGGUGGUCACUCAAAGAUAAGGGUCUUUCCUAGUAAUUGAAAUCUUUCCUAAUUUUGCGCUUCCUGCAUGAGAUAGGUAUACUGAUGGAAACAAAUAAGGGAACAUAUGAAAGUACAAGGGUUGUUUUUCCAGGUUUCUUUUGAUGCUUUGCAUUGCGGGUGAAAAUCAGGACAU